CCCUUCCAGCUUCCUUGAGUCAUGGCUGCAGCUGAGGUGCCCAGUUACCUGCUCUCCUCUCAGAGUGAGAAGCACAGGAGGGCCAGGAACUGGACCGACGCCGAAAUGAGGGGUCUCAUGUUGGUCUGGGAAGAAUUCUUCGAGGAGCUUAAGCAGACCAAGAGGAACGCCAAAGUUUACGAACGCAUGGCCAACAAGCUCUUCGAGAUGACCGGAGAACACCGUCAGGGCGAGGAGAUCAAGAUCAAGAUUACCAACAUGACUUUCCAGUACAGAAAACUGAAGUGUAUGACAGACGGAGAGUCCGUUCCUCCAGACUGGCCUUAUUUUAAGACAAUUGACCGGAUCCUGUCUAAACUACCGGACCAGAGUGAUGGAAAGUUACAGCCUGGGCCGUCCACCUCCCAAACUGAGGCUUCCCAGUCCCCGUCUGCAAAGUCCACCCCUCUCUACCUUCCCUAUAACCAAUUCACAUACGAGGAGCGGGAAGGCUGUUUUGAAGACGGCAAUUCAGAGAGCUCCACCAGCCUGCAAUCCUAUAAACUGAGGUCUGGUGAGAGGGCCAUCAAGAAAAGGAAGCUUCAAAGCUGCAGUUUUCAAAAGAAGAAGUUAAAGAUCAUGGAGAACAUGUUAGAGGAACAUAAGAGGCUGAGCCGAGCAAUGGAGGAAACCUGCCGGGAAGUCCGAAGAAUCCUGGACCAGCAGAAUAUUAUUCAAGUCCAAAGCCUGCAGCUCCAGGAAAGGAUGAUGAAUCUACUAGAGAGAAUGAUUACUAAAUCUUCUCCUUAAAUCUACCAGAUUUUAUGGCUCAAGUUCAACCACAUCUCCUUGUCUCUGUGCCUUUUAUGGUUUCUGGUAGGACAAUAGACUCCAGGAGGAUGGAUUCUUAGAGGAGAACCAUUAGCGAAGGCCUUAAGUAUGUAUGAACUGCAGAGAAGACAGAGCACUAAUAUAUGGAUGAAUAUAGUUAAAAUCCUAUUAUAUAUGAUUUAAAGGGCUUGUCUCAUUGGAAGCCAUGGUCAGCCAAACAUGUCUGGCAUAUGGUGGCCAAUCAGAUAAAUGGCUUCUGCCUUGAUGUCCCUAGAGCAGAGAUCCCCCUCUGUAAGGGCAAUACGCCAACAGGUCAUUUGGAUAGGGUAUGUUGCGAUGCUACAGCCCCUUUAAGGAAUGUAGAGUCUGGUUCAGUGGCUACUAACCAACCCAAGUCCUUGGUGAGAACAUCUCUGCAGCAUUAAUAAUGCAUGUGUUAUGCGGUAUGUGCCAUGUCUGUGGGAAUAUCAUUUACACAAUCAGGUUUGUGAGAUUUUAGAAUUUAAAGGGAACCUGUCACCAGAUUUGGCCCUAUGUAAGUAAUUAUGUGCCGCCACUGGUCACAUCAUACGGUUCCCAUUAUAAUUUUUUUUCGUGUGUCCUCAGAGCCAUUUUGAAUAAAUGUCAUCGGGGCAUCUCCAUGGAAUAGACGAGUCAUGGAGUCAUUGCUGCAAGCCAGCCCGUCCAGCUCUGAUAUACAUCCCCCUAGCUCGUCCACGUCAUCACCGACACAUCUGAAAUCCUGCGCAUGCGCAGUAGUUCCUAAGUCCUGACGUCCUCCGUCAUCAACUCAACGCACAAAUGCAGGACCUGUCGCAGCUCAUCUGGUCGACACAGCAGCAUCAGGUCAACCCAGAGAAUUCCAGAACAACUGGGGGGAAGUAGGAUCUACUGCGCAUGCACAAAAUUUCUGUGUGACCAGCAGGUGCUUGUAAUUAGUUGCAUAGGGCCAAAUCUGAAAGUUCGCUUUAACGCCUGCCUCCAUGGCAGUAACACUAUACGCUUACUUUACUCGGUACUAUGUUCAUAUGCAGAAUGUAUUCUUAUAUGUCUUCACGUACUUUCCAAA